AUGGACGAUUCUCGGACCGUUUGGGUGGGUAAUUUGGCCGACGAAAUGACCGAAGAACUGCUCUACGAGUUGUUUUUACAAGCUGCGCCUUUGGAACGAGUGAAAAUCCCCAGCGAUAAGCAGGGUAAACAGUCAAACUAUGGUUUCGUAACGUUCAAGCACGAAGUAUCGGUGCCGUACGUUAUCAAACUAUUGAAUGACACCCGAUUGUUUGACAGAAACAUCACUAUAAAACCCAGGCAAACGAAUAAUCCUGAGAGGAUUGUUCCGAGCCCUGUUGGGAAAGAGCAUGUACAGCAUUUUGAGGAUCACCAUCAUAAUCGUCGCCAAAAUCAGCACAUGAGGUUCAAUUUGGAAGCUCUGGAUUACAACGCGUUAAUGAAUAUGGGCGAGCAAAUGAAUGUGUUCGAGCACUAUGACAACAGAGUCGGUAGGAAUUAUGGGACACGAGACAAAAACAACUUUGGUGAUCGGGGUCGACCUCAUAGGCAUUUCAACCGGUCGCACCAUGAAUUUGACAGAAGAAACAAUUUUUACCAAAACAACAGGAAACAGAGGAAUGAGAGGAGGAAUAAUAGUUUUGAAAGCAACAGGAGAGGUAGACACUACUGAAAUUUAUUACCAUCUGUAAUUUCUAACUUAUGUAAUGAAAUUUUUAUUAUUAUUUUCUUACAAAUUGUAGUUUAUUUUAGUAAUUUGCGGCAGAGCUUGAUAUUAAAUACAAAAUGACUACUUAUUUUUUGCAAGUGUUUUGCAUUCACUCAUGUUUGUGGCUGCAGCAAGAGAUAUUUAUUAUAUAUCAGUUAUUUUAGAAUUGAAGCAUAGAAAACUGUCAGUUUCAUAGAGACUUGACUCAUGAGCAAUACUGAUCACAGAAGAUGGUUCCACUAAAUUGACCCUAAAAAUAGUCUAGAAAAUUACUACUAUGGCUAUACUAGUUUUUCCAGGUUGUUAUAUCAGUUAUCUCUGUCGUGGUUAUAGCAAGUCCCCAGUUCCUAAAUUGAAUUUUUUUUUUUCUAAUUCUAUCAACCAUAUUGCUAAAAUGAUUGAACAAAUCAUGUUUUUUUAUUGCUAUUGGUCUGAUUCAGAGGAUUAUUCGGUCAAUAUUGCCAACUUGAUUUUACUUCUUUU